ACCCGGAAUGGUGGUCAGAUGUUAGGGCGUUGGGGUGGACGUGAGUAGAUUAUGCAGCGGAGCGGACAGAGGAGAUCUAUGGAAAACGGUGAGCCGAUUGGAUGUCAUAUUUCCACUCUGACGCUAACUUAAGUUGUGGCUGCUACCAGGCAUCCGAUGUUCAUUGAUGCUAUCAUUCAGUCGAAUGGAGCUGGCUUCGUUGGCACUCGUGGUUCUACGAUGUCCACACCAACUAGCCGCAGAGUACAGUCGUGGCAUGACGGAGCGACUCGGUUAGAUGGGGAUGGCCGGGCGCGGACGACCACUGAUGCUGAUCGGAAUGGUAGAAUCGAGACUACUUUGUAUUUCACAAAUCAUUGGCGGCAAUGUUCUUGUAUUUUUUAUUUAUGAUGCGAAUAAUGGUCGCUCUCGGGCUCGAAUUCACAGGCGAAAGUAACAAAAGCUUAAUCUUCUUGAUGCAUAGUACAUAGACAUGCAGAUGCCUUAUACUAGAGCCGUAAGGUGAGCGGCCAUGAGACUUGAGCUUGAAAGUUUGUUGGAGAGGUGUGAUACUCGCUUCAUGUCUCGGUAAGGUUUG